CCGAACUGAACAGCGGCUCCUUAGAUACACAGAGGAGUACCAGGUCCUUAAACGAGAACAUGAAAUGAUUCAGAAGAGGGGGCAAGACAAAGAGGUCGAGCUUAUGCAGCUGAUAGAAGAGCACAAAAAUUCCCAAAUCACUUUGGAAAAAGAGAUGCAGAUUCUACGAGCAAAGAUGCAGACUGACCAGGAGGAGCUGAAAGCUGUCAGAGAGGCUUACGAUCAUCUACACAAAAAACGCCACCAGCUGUCUUCGCGUGUGAUGCACCAAGCUACACAUAUUCAAAUGUUAGAGAAUGGCGUGCGGGACAACUUCAACACUCAAAGGCAGUCUCCUAGCAGCCUAAACUGUCACAUCCAUCUGGAUAUAGCAGGCAAUCUCAGUAAGGAUGCAUCUUUAGAUACUGAAGGCAGAGAAGUUAGUCCUCAAAACAGCUUCGAACAAAUGAGACACUGCAAAGAGACUGAAGAUAUUCCAGAUGGAAAUGUACUACUGCCUUUGCAAGGCCCUGACCUGUCGGUGAUGGAGGAGAGUGGCAGCACAACUGAUAUGCUUGUGACAAACCAGCAGAAGGAUCCAGCUGUCAGACAGGAGGCUAGCGUUGGUAAAAGUCCGCCGCAGUUCCUGAUGCACAUUGUGAAAAAUCCAGAGAUCAGUUCUCACAGCAUCCAGAGGCCCCUGAACUACAGCAAGCCUUGGAAGAUGCAAGCAGUGAUCAGGGGAUGA